AUGAGCCAUCAGGUAUUUCAAAAACAAGUUUUAGCUCCAACAGGUGUUGAACAAUGUAUAAAAGCAAAUCUAAUUGAUAAUGAUACUAUAAAUCUGGUAUUAUCAAAAAACAAUACAUUACAAGUUUACAAAAUCAAAUAUGUAAAGAAUGAAAAUACAACAACACAGCAAAAGCAAAUCAAAAAGGUUGAAAUCAAGCCAAGUUUAGAAUUAUUGAUAGAGUUAAAAUUAUUUGGAACGAUUGAAUCGAUGGCAUCGGUUAGAUAUCCAGGUGAAAAUAAAGAUUCAUUACUUUUAACAUUCCGAGAUGCAAAAAUUUCAGUUUUAGACUAUAACAUCGAUAUUAUGGAUUUCGAAAUCAGAUCACUUCACUUUUAUGAAAACGAUGAGUUUAAAAACGGAAGAAUUCAUUUCAAGCAUCCACCAAUAUUAAAAAUUGAUACUCAACAACGUUGUGCAACAAUGUUAUUGUACGAUAGAAAUAUAGUAGUUUUACCAUUCAAACAAAUUAGCUCAAUUUUAGAUGAUGAAGACGAAGAAGAAAAAGAUGAAGAAGAUGAAAAAGAAAAUGACAAUGCCAAUCAAGACUAUACAGAAGAAUUUGAUGAUGAUGACGAUGAUAAUAAUUUUUGUUUUUUAUAUGGAUACUAUGAACCAACCAUAUUGUUUUUACACGAACCAUCUCAAACAUGGACAUCACGUAUUGCAGUUAAAAGGUUAACAAGUCAAUUAACAGCCAUUUCAAUUAAUUUUUCAACUAAAUUAGCAUCCAUCAUUUGGCAUACAAGCAACAUGCCUUACAAUUGCGACCAAUUAGUCAGUGUACCAGAACCAUUAAGUGGUGCUUUAGUUAUAACUCCAAAUAUUAUGUUUCAUGUUAAUCAAACUUCGAAAUAUGGUUUAGCAGUCAACGAAUAUGCAAAUAUAGAUAUUGGUGAUAAAUUUGAAUUUCCUCUUGAUGAAACCUUAAAUUUGGUAUUUACUCUCGAUCGUUCAAAUUUUGUUUUCUUAGAGGCCGAUAAAUUCAUAGGCUCAUUGAAGGGUGGUGAACUUUUAAUAUUCCAUUUAAUCUCUGAUGGUAGAACUGUACAAAGAAUUCAUGUAUCAAAGGCUGGUGGUAGUGUUUUAGCAACCUGCAUGUGUGUGGUAUCUGAUAAUUUAUUAUUCUUAGGGUCAAGAUUAGGUGAUUCAUUAUUAUUGCAAUAUACAGAAAAAUCAAUUACCGAUGAAUCGUUAGAGCACGAAAAUUUUAGUAAUCCAUAUAAAAAACAAAAAACCUCAGAACAAGAAAAGCUAUUAAAUCAACAACAGCAACAACAAAAGGAUGAAAUGGACGAAGUUUUAGAUGAAGAAGAUGAACUGUUCAAAGAGAAAAAGAAUCAAUUGAAAUCAUAUCAACUAGGUAUUUGUGAUCAAAUUUUAAAUGUUGGUCCUGUAGGCGAUAUGGUUAUUGGCCAAGCAUUAAAUCCAACCUACGAUCUUAACACUUUACCAAGUGAUCCAGCAUAUAUGCCAAGAUUUUUAGAGCUUGUAACAUGCUCAGGUUAUGGUAAAAAUGGUUCAAUUUCUAUUUUGCAAAACUCUGUUAAACCCGAAAUAGUUGGUGCCUUCGAUUCUGAAGGUGUAGUUAAUAGUUUUUGGACUGUUUAUAACAAAGCGUCGUCUAGUAUAAAAGAAGAUGAAGAAGAAAAACUAAUUGGUAAAAAAAGAACAAUAAAUGAAAUUAUUAAAGAAGAGCAACAAUAUGAACAGCAACAACAAAAACAGCCAAUUGAAGAAGACUAUCUCGAUUAUUUAUAUAUUUCAAUGAGUAAUGGCACAACCAAUAUUUUAGAUACCACAAGUAGUGAAGAAGGAAAGCUUACAUUUAAAGGUGAAUUCGAGUAUCGUACUCUAGAUAUGGGCAAUUUAUUCAAUAAGAGAAGAAUUGUUUUGAUCAAUGAAAACUCAAUAAAAUUAUUAAACGAUUACAAUAACAUAGUUCAAGAAAUUAAAUUAUCAAAACCAAUUAAAUCAACAUUUAUUCAAGAUCCAUAUGUUUUAGUUCACUAUUCAGACAACUCUAUUCAACUGUUUAAAUGCGACUACAAAUUAUUAAAAUUAAAUCAAUUUAAUUUUUCAUUAAACCAUGGCGAUGAAGGUAAAGUUUUAACUUCAUCAUUAUUUUUUGAUAAAAAUCAAUUCUUUUUAAAUUUAAAUAAUCAAAAAUUCAAUGAAUCCAAAAUCAUUGAAAAUCAAGAAGAUAAAAUUAAAGAAGAAAAUAAUCAACCACAACAACAACCACAACAACAAAAUAAGGCCAAACCAAAAGAAGAAAAUACAGUUAUGAAAGAAAAUGUACAAUCAAAUAAGAAGCAACAGCAAGAACCAGAACAACAACAAGAAAAUCAAUUUAAUAAUGAAAUCAAUUUAAUUGAAAAUAAUAUUUAUUUAAAUAUUUUCACAAAUAAAGGUUCAUUUGAAAUUUAUAGAGUAUCAAGUCAGGAAUUGGUAUUUAAAACAAAUAAUAUUCUAAUUGAACCAGAGAUUUUAGCAACCAAUAAAAUUAAAUUACAAUUACAAAAACAAAAAGAACAAAAAGAAAAAGAACAAAGGGAAAAGUUUGAACAGCAAAUUUUGCAAAAUGAAAAUUUAGAAAUUGUAGAAAUAUCUUUAGAAAUUUUAAAUAACUCACAACCUUACUUAUUAUUAAAAAACAGAAUUGGUGAUUUAAUUGUUUACAAAUCUUUCAAGAAAGAAAAUGGCGAUUUAAGAUUUAAAAAAUAUAAUCAUAAUUUUAUUUUAAGAGAUCUAUCUAAUAAUAGUAAAUCAAUAAAUAGUGAUGGUUAUAGAAAGAAAUCAAUUGUAAAUAUUAAACUAAGUAGUAAAAAUAAUGGUGUAUUUAUUGGUGGUCAAAAGCCAGUGUGGAUUUUCAACGAAAAGGGCUAUAUUAGAUUGCACUCUAUGGAUUUCGAUGGUGCUAUUGUCUCCUUGAAGCCAUUCCAUAAUGCAGAUUGUCCAAAUGGUUUUCUCUAUUAUACAGAAGAUAAGCAACAUAUCAAGAUUGGUUAUUUAAAUGGUUUAAUGAACUUUGAAAAUGAAUAUGCUAUACGUAGAGUCCCAAUUAAACUGUCUGCUCACAAGAUCGCCUAUCAUAAUGAAUUAAAAUGUUAUGUAGUUGUUGUAUCAUUCCCACAAGUAACCCAGGAAUUAGAAGAAGACUCAAAGAAACCAAUUUUAACCGACGAGAAAUUCCAAAUUAAAAUUAUUGAUCCAACAAUAGACUGGUCAUGGAGAUUUAUUGAUAGCUUUUCAUUACAAGAUAGAGAAACCGUGUUAGCAAUGAAAAUUGUUUCGUUAAAGUUUAAAGAAUCUGACGAAACUAUCAAGAGCAAACCAUUUCUUGUUAUUGGUACUGCAUUCACAUUUGGUGAAGAUACACAAUGUAAAGGUAGAGUGUUGGUAUUUGAAAUUGUAUCUCACAAAACCCAGUUCGAAUCAGAUGAUUUAGGUACCAAACGUUUAAAUCUUUUAUACGAAAAAGAACAAAAAGGUCCAGUAACAGCAUUAUCCAGCGUAUCAGGUUUACUUUUAAUGACAAUUGGUCCAAAACUCACUGUAAAUCAAUUUUUAACUGGUCAAUUGGUAACAUUAUCAUUCCACGAUGCUCAAAUCUAUAUCUGUUCUAUCUCAACAAUUAAAACAUAUAUUGUAAUCGGUGAUAUGUAUAAAAGUGUUUACUUUUUACAAUGGAAUGGUAAACAACUUGUACCACUCAGUAAAGAUUAUCAAUCGCUCAAUAUCUUUUCCACCGAAUUUAUUGUAAACCAGCAAACUCUUUCCAUAUUGGUUAGUGAUUUAGAUAAAAAUAUAUUACUGUUCUCAUUUGAUCCAGCUGAUCCAACCAGUAGACAAGGUCAAAUGUUACUAUGUAAAGCAGAUUUCCAUAUAGGUUCAAAUAUAGAAAAGUUUGUUAGAACUCCAAUGAAAUUUAAUAUUCAAUCAUCUAGCAAUGGUAAUAAUAAUAAUGACCAAUUAGUAUUUUUUGGAACUUUAGAUGGUAGUUUAAAUGUUUUAAGACCAUUGGACGAAAGAAUGUAUCAACUAUUUUAUCACCUACAAAGCAAACUUUAUUAUUUACCCCAACCUGCUGGUUUGAAUGCAAAACAAUAUAGAGCUUUCAAAUCAUUUAGUCAAAAUUUCCAUUUUUCACCUUCAACCAUUCAUCAAUUACCAAAGUAUAUUUUAGAUGGUGAUCUAUUAUCAAAAUUCGUUAAAUUAAAUCAAAAAGAAAGAAGAUUAUUAGCUUCAAGUGUUGGUUCAAAUACUGAUGAAAUUUUAACAGCAUUAAAAAAUUGUUUCGAUUCAUGGAGUAUAUUUUAA